AAUAUUUGCCUAUAAUUAUCACUUCUGUAAUCGCUGUGAAAAUUGCUUGUAGUGGAACGUUAACCAGUUUUGCCUUUUGUAUCUAUAAAAGAUGUAUGAAAUGAAAGAUACUUCCAAUAGGGUCAUCUUGGAUUUCCACAAAAUGUUCAACUUGAUAUUGUUAACUGCCUUCGUGGCCGUUGGUUUCAGUUUGCCUGCAAAUUACACGAGUGGGUCAGGAACCCUUCUAGAGCACCCUGCUCCAGUUAACAAAGAUGUUAUGAUUAGUUCCAAAGCUGCAGACGCAAUUAUGUCAUCAAAUGUCUUAGAUAUGGAAAAAAUGUCACUGAACGUCGGACGCAAGAUCCACGCUGAAUCCAUUAUGUCUCAGUGCAACAACUCAGAUGAUCGUGAUAAGUGCAAAACGUUGCAUGCAGCGGAAGGUUUCCCCAAAAGAAAUAACGACGUUCCAGAGGCGAAAUCACAGUCAGAAAGAUCUGUACGAGUACUUACAGAGGUUGGCUUGCAUGAUACACAUGAAAAGUUAAUGAAACUUGAGCAAGGGAAGAACGCAACGCCCAAAGCACAGGAAAGCGCAUCUGAAACUUCGAGUGAAAAAUCAUCGUUAGCUCAAGGCGCAAAUGCUGGUAUGUCUGCGAAACCUAAGCUUGAUUCAUCCGCUGUCCUUAAAUCCGCAUCAACCACGAAAUCACAUUAUACUUUUAUUCACCCAAUUCCAGUUUCCGAACUUUUCAAUAGAAGAAACAAGCCAAAGUCACGACGGGAUGUAAAGCCGUCCAACACAUUAAACUCGAAUUUGAAUAUCCAAAUUAAAUAAAAAAUACAUUUCGAUACGACAGAGUCUAUACAUAUGUAAAUAUAUGCUCGUAUAUUUGUCGGGCAGUUUUUAAGUCAUUAGUUCGUAGAGUAUUAUGCUAACGAUAUAUAUUAAUAUAUACGUACAUGAAAAAAAAGUACACUUGAUAGAUUUUUAAAAUAAAGUAAAGGUUUAUUUUCGAAAAGCA